AGGGCGUGGCGAAGGAUGCCGGAUCUCGGAUCGAGGAAUCGCGUCUCCGAGUAUUCGGUGAACGGAUCCGCCUGUCCUUCGACGAUUCCGCGGGUUCCUGGUUCGAAGACCUCGCUCGUCCCCUCCGCUAUGUAUAUAAGUCAAAACCAGAUCGGAAGCAAGGUGCACAGCCCGAACAGUCCUUCGUCGAGCAAGGAGGUUCGCACAGGGAAUACACUAACCGAACGCACGAUGCAGUCGCUGAUUCCGCUGAUCCUGGCUCUGAGCCUAGUCUCAGGCACACCGCUCAACCUGAUUCCGUACGCGUACUUGUCCAGCCCGAUCCCGGUGUUCAAUCAGUUCCAAGACACGAGGACAGGCGUGCAUGCUUACAGCUACGCCGGUGGACCAUCCGCGAAAGAGGAAGUGAAAGACGCCGACGGUGUUCUCCGCGGAUCCUACAGCUACGUGGACGCCAAUGGAAUCCUUCAAUCAGCGUUCUACGUCGCUGACAAGAACGGAUUCCGCGUGGCCGCGACAAAUAUCCCUUCGGACGAGAAUUCGAACAACGAACUAUCUCACAUCAUCCUCGCUAGGAGCGCGGACAAAGCAACCAGCCGCAGAAGACGUAGCUUAGAAGACGCCAGUCUCAGUUCUAAUCAGAAUGAGAAAUCCGAAGACGCCAGUUCUAACCAGAAUGAGAAAUCCGAAAAUCUUCCAAAGGCCGGCGCACAAGAUUCAUCGUCGCAGACUCUGUUACAACCUCUGUUACUGUCCAGUGGCGUUCCGUUGGCGACCUCGCAUCAGAGCCAAGUUCAAGUGCACAACAACGCGCGUCUCGACGUGACGGAGGGCGAGGCCAAGGCGAAACCGGUCGAUCUGCAGCCGAUCCUGCCGGUGCAAACCAUAUUGGGAGACUUGCCGGUGCUGGCUCGAGCGCCCACUUACCACGAGAACCGCAUAGAGUUGCACAAGCAGUUGGGCAUCGAGGGACCCGAGCUGAAAAACGCGGUUAAGAUAGAUCCAGCGCCAUUGACCGUCGUUCGGUCUUCUCCGGCGGUUAUUCCUCUUGCCUCUACCAUCAUAUCUGGCGGUUCGCUCCCCGUCGUAUCCGUGCUCGCCAAGGAAGCUGUACCUAUCAUACCAGCUGCUCAAAUUGGCACCGCGUCCGUAACCACGUCUAUUUCCAGCCACGGUGUCAGUCAGAUUCAUGGACUCACUAAGCAGGCUAAGGACGCCGAGGUUGUCUCUGCUGUUCCAACUAACAUUGCUAAAGAAGAAGAUACAGCUGUGGAGAACAAGGAUGAAGCACCUGCUACCGCUAGAUUGGUCAACGAAGUACCGAUUGCCAAGGAAGCAAAUUUGGUUCCAGUGGUGCCGGUCGCUAAGGAAGCCAGCUCGGCUGCAGCCACCACCGUCACUACAUCCAUCUCCAGUCAUGGGAUCAGUCAGAUUCACGGGAAUUCGCAGGUGAACAUCGAACCAGCGUGGCUAGUCAAGAGCGCACCUAUUGCCCAGCUUCAUCCUGUCGUCGGCGUACCGAUUUAUCUUCAUUAGAUGUGUCGUUAAAUGUAACCUGGGGAUGUUGAUCGAGAAUUUUUUUCU